AUAUAUAUAUAUAUAUAUAUAUAUAUAUAUAUGCACACAUACGCAUACAUGCAUCCAUCCAUACAUACAUACAUACAUGCAUGCAUGCAUGUAUGCAUGCAUGCAUGCAUGUAUGCAUGCAUGCAUGCAUACAUACAUACAUACAUACAUACAUACAUACAUAGUUUCCCUAGCCAUUUGAUUUCUGGAGCAUCAGGUUUCAGAUAAUUGAAAAGUAUUAUGUUAUUUUGUAUGCAUUAUAUUGACAGUUCUAAAGUAACAUAUUUAAAAAAUCAUAAAUAAAUCCCAUCAGGUUUAAUUCAUUGUUUGUUGUUUCUAAAUUCAAUCAUGUGACUUUUUUUCAUUCAACUACCAAGUUUCAUAAAAAUCGUUCCAGUGUAACAAUUAUACUUGUAGGAAAAGUGAUUAGCUUUUACUGGGUGCUUCACAAUUUCCAUACACAGUACAUGGAAGGAAAAAGGAGAGGACAAGAUCUCUCUGGAUAAAUAACAAUAAUUCAUUUUCUCUGAAUAAACAUUCUAUCUCCUGUUAGUGGUAGCCGUGAACGCUUAGGUGAAGAAGCAGCAGGGUUGGUAGUUAGACACAAAGUAAUAAGGCAUUGUCACAGACUUGCAGUGUCGCUCACCAUUAGAUGCCCAUUCUCGACGGAGCUGCUCUAAGUUGGUUCCUGCCCGGUCAGAAACCGCGAUCGAAGAGCGUGAAUGGUGGUGAACCCUAGCUGCUGAUGAUGAUUGUGCAUGCGCAUAAGGGGCUUCCAUCAGGUCUUUGGAAAGCUCUAAUCCUUGCGCUUGCGUAGAUGAAUGUUCCAACAUGAUGUCUAGAACCAUGCGUCACUACAAGGCUCUCCCUCGAGUGCAGAAGCACAAAAAUAGAAAGAUUGUAGUGGCACCAGAAACAAGAUGAUUACCGAUCACCCACAAGAUGUGGCACAAAAUAUGACAGGUCAAAAGAAAAUAAUUACAAUAUAAAUGAGCAUGCCCAAAAAUUUUUUUACAAAAAAGAACACCUGUCUAUCACAGGAAACACAAAAGAGGUUGUCAAAUAUAAAUAGUCUUUGCAAGUUUCUUGGGCCAGUGAACAGUUCAGCCAGUCCUGGUGACAUAGGGUCUGCUCGAGGCAGGUUGCGAUGAUGAAGGUGGUGGUGUAGGUGGUGGUGUUGUCAAAGGUGCAUGUGUAAGUGAUGGUGAAAACGGGCCUCCAGAGGAGAAAACUGUCCAAGUGGAGCACGAAUGUGCCACUGGACCUUGGAACACUGGCACUUGGAACAAGUGUGUGUCCAAGAAGUAAUUAUGCAAUGCAUAUUUGGCCAGAAAAAACGAGCAGUGUAGCAGCAAUGCCCAGAUGUGACAAGGAAUGCAGGGCCUCAAACACUGAGCAUUGGUGAUUCUCAGGCAUGAGUGACCUGGGAGAACCAGUAGAGAUAUCACAAAGAAUAGUGCCUUCAGCCGACGGAAGCGGAAGAUAGGCAAAUUGGCAACAGGAGAACUUGGGCAAAGUUAAAUCUAACUUUGCCAAAGCUGGUUGGUCCUGCAAAAUGGCAGUCAAAUCGAUUGCAGCAGGAGAUGAAAGAGAACAGACUGGAAGACGAGAAAGUGCAUCAGCAGGAACAUUCUCUUUCCCAGGUAUAUGACGAAUGUCACUGGUAAACUGUGAAAUAAAAUCCAAGUGAUGGAAUGCACGAGGUGAGAGUUUGUCUGUCUUAGACGAUAAGGCAAACGUAAGAGGCUUGUGAUCUGUAUAGAUCACAAAAUCUCAACCUUCAAGCUGAUGCUGAAAAUGACGAACCGACAGAUAGAUCGCUAAGAGCUCAUGAUCAAAUGUGCUGUAUCGCCGCUCAGCUGGUUGUAAUUGGCAAGAAAAGAAAGCCAAAGGUUGAGUUCGGUCGUCCACUGUGUGUUGCAGCACAGCGCCAAUCGCAGUGUCUGAUGCAUCCACAGUUAAAGAGAUAGAAGCGUCAGGAACCGAAUGUGCAAGCAAAGGGAUAGAAGCUAUUUCCUUCUUGAUUGACUCAAAAGCAGAUAACGCCUCAGCUGAGAUUUGACCGUCCUUUCUAUAGGUGUUCUUUAGUAGUUGAGUCAAAGGAAAUAGCUUGUCCACACAUCGCUUUUUUUUUUUUACUCUUUUACUUGUUUCAGUCAUUUGACUGCGGCCAUGCUGGAGCAUUGCCUUUAGUUGAGCAAAUUGACGCCAGGACUUAUUCUUUGUAAGCCUAGUACUUAUUCUAUCGGUCACUUUUGCUGAACUGCUAAGUUACGGGGACCUAAACACACCAGCAUCAGUUGUCAAGUGAUGUUGGGGGGACAAACACAGACACACAAACAUAUACACACACAUACGUAUAUAUACAUAUAUAUACGACGGGCUUCUUUCAGUUUUCAUCUACCAAAUCCACUCACAAGGCUAUGGUAGAAGACACUUGCCCAAGGUGCCACGCAGUGGGACUGAACCAAGAACUAUGUGGUUGGUAAGCAAGCUACUUACCACACAGCCACUCCAGUGCCUAUGGGCAUAAAGCGUCUAUAAAAAUUUAUCAUUCCUAGAAAAUGGCACAACUGAUGCAAAGAAGAAGGAGGUGCGAUGCGUUGAAUUGCAUCAACUUUGGAUGAGAGAGGUUUGAUGCCACACGAGUCAAUAUGAUGUCCCAGAAAUUCAAGAGAAGAUUACCUGAAAACACACUUAUCAGGAUUUAUACGUGCACCAUAGGCACAAAGACGCUGUAAAAGCUGAGACAAAUGCCAGAGAUGAUUCUCACAUGUGUCACUUGCAAUGAGUAUGUCAUCAAUGUAAGCAAACACAAAAUCAAGUCUGGACGACUUUGUCAAUAAACCUCUGGAAUAUGCUGGUAGUGUUCCGCAAAGCAAAACUCAUGUACAGAAACUCAAAACAACCAAAAGGAGUGGUAAUGGCAAUUUUUGGAAAAUCGGCUGGGUUGACCGGUAUCUGAUGAUAGGCGCGAAUGAGGUCAGCCUUAGAAAAGAUGGUACAACCAUGAAGAUUUGCUGAAAAAUCCUGAAGGUUUUUUUAUAGGAUAAAAUGAUAAAAAUGAUAAAAGUAAAAGGCUAAAUGGAUGUGUAUGUGUAAAAGACUGUAGUACUCAGUAUUUUGGCUACAAUGUUUAAAGGUUAAAAGUUCAAUUAUUUUUGAUAGUGGUUUGGUUGAGGUUUUUGUAUUUAUGUGUAUGACUGCAUGUAUUUUUAUUUUGUGGAGAAUUGUAUACAUUUGUGUGUAUGUGUGUGUGUAUAGUGAGAGAUAGAAAGAUAGGGUAGGUGAGAUAAAAUUUCUUGUCUCUUGUUCAAACGAGAAAAUUUCUUUGCAAUGGCACCUAUUCAGGUUUUGGACAAUCACAAACAAACAGCCACACACACACACACACACACACACACACACAUAAACACACACACACACACAUAAACACACACACACACAUAAACACACACACACACACACGCACGUUCAUGCAUGCACGCACACACACACACAAGCAUACAUGGGGCUAUAGUAGGAGACAUUUGGUGUCACACAUUGGUGCUAAAUCCAGAAACAUAGCUAAGAAACAAAGUCCUUGCCACAGAGACAGGAAUGUGUCUUACAACAGAGCGUAUUGAAAAAAAUAAUCAAUCAUUAAAAUGGAAUGUCAAGUUAAGAAAAACGAGCAUUUUCAACACCUCCUACCUUUUGCUUUUAAUCAAGGUUCUAUGGCCGCAAAAGCUGCUCAUGACAUUUGUGCUGUGUAUGGAGAGGGUGCCCAUAGCUUUAGGAACCGCUCGUGGUUGGUAUGCCAAGUUCAAAAAUGGAAAUUUUGACCUCAAAGAUGCACCUCGUUCUGGCCGUCCAGUUGAGUUUGAUGAAGAGCGAUUAAAUCAACUGUUGCACAAAAGUUCUCGUCAAACGACAAGGGAACUGGCAGAGAAAAUGGAAUGCUCCCACACUGCUAUAGAGAAGCAUCUUCACUCGAUGGGAAAAGUUCCGAAGUAUGGAGUAUGGGUUCUGCAUGCUUUAAGUGACAACAACAAAAAUCAACGAGCCACAAUCUCUGCUGGUUUGCUUGCUCGUCACCACUCAACUCAUGGACACAAGCAACGAUUUCUUUACCGAAUCGUUACUGGCGAUGAAAAAUGGUGCCUGUACAUCAAUAUGAAACAGUGUAAGGAAUGGCUUAGCAAGCGUGAAGCAAGAUCUUCAUCCAUGUAAAACAAUGUUGUGCUUAUGGUGGGAUUGGGAAGGGAUUAUACUUUACAAAUUGCUUGAACGGAACCAAACGGUCAACGCAGAACUCUAUGUUCAACAGAUGGAAUGACUCAACACAGCUAUCCAAGAGAAAAAACCUAAUCGGCAACAUGGGGUUCUUCCGCUGCAAGACAACGCCCACCCUCAUAUUGCCAAUAAGACCAAGGAAGCCAUUCAAACGCAUGGCUGGGAAGUGCUGCCACACCCGCUGUACUCUCCUGAUUUUGCACCAAUGGAUUUCCACUCCUUUUGAUCUCUUUCAAAUGCUAUGUGUGGGGUUUCAUUCAAUACUGAGAGCUUGGUUGUAUCAAUUUUUCAAGUCAAAAUCUGGUGAUUUCUACAAACAAGGUAUUGAAAAUCUUGUUGAACAUUGGGAAGAAGUUGUAAACAACAAGGGUGAAUACAUUAUUGAUUAAUUAGUUGUUAUUUUUUUAUUAAACCUUUUAAAAAAUUUAAAUUUAAAAAAACGGCAGGAACUUAGUUGCCAACCCAAUAUAUAUAUAUAUAUAUAUAUAUAUAUAUGAAUGAAUAAUCCUUUGUUUACAGUUAACACAAAAAAUUCAAUAAACAGUUACCAGGGUAGCAAAAUUCACGCAAGUAACAAGGAUGUAGUGAUCUAUUCAAAGACAGAAACUCUGGGUUAAUGUGCAGUAAUUUGUAUAGUAUAAGUAAAUGGAGUUAAACAUGGAUGUUAUUCAAAUUCUUUUACUUUCGACAAAUGUUUCGAAGGCAACAUUAGCUUUAUUCCAAAGGAAUAAACGGUGUAAAAUAAUGUAAUCUCAUCAGGAAAGAAGGAGAACCAAUCUCAACAAGAAGACAUAAUAACAAUUUUGAUGACUUCAUAAAUGAUAAGCAGAACGCUAUUAAGUAUUUUUAAAUAACCAUUAGUAGAUCCUACGUCAAAAAUAGACCAUAGGAAGAGAAGGGGUAAAGAAAUAAUAAGUAGAGAACAAAUAAAGAGAUAUAGAGGGAUAUGUUAGUUGAAAAAAUUUUCAAAGGCUUGGAAGUAGAUUUCUCUAUUGAAGUAGAGUGCAACUAAAUGUUCAAACUAUACAGACUGGUAUAAAUCACUUAUAUGAGCUAAAGGUGUGUUUCUGCCAAUGCUUACAUUUGUAAGAUCGCUCUAUAAGUGUGUUAACAAGUUGAUUCUUAGAGAAGAAAAUAUGGAAGAGUUUAGAAUUACAAAUGUUACAAAAUCCUUUGCCCUUGUCGUAAGGGAAAGAGAUGGACAGGAUGAACCAAGCUAAAUUAAAAUCCUUAUUGUUGUCUCUAAGAUACCAAACCAAUUUACUAAGCCCUGUGCAAUCCCUAAAUGAAGAAUAAUGAUUGGAAAUUCUCUUAGAUAACUGGGAAGAGGAAGCCCCAAUAUAGAAAUAGACAUCGGUACCAGAAGUAAUUUUACAAUGGUAUAUAGAAUUCUUAAUCUUAGAAUUAUUAGACAUAAAUUUAAUUCUGUUGGGGUUGUACUCAGAGACCAAAACUAUGUUAUUAUUAUUAUUAUGGGAAAGGCUGGUAUUAAAUUAAUCUUGGAACUCUCAGUAAAUGAACUUUUAUCUAGCAGACUGGUAUUAUGAGAAGAUAUGAUUUGUGAAAGAUUCUUUGUGUUGGAGAAGGCAACUCUAACUAUAUGAGAAUGGAAUAAUAUCUAGAAUUUUUUGGAAAGUUCUUACUAACCGCUUCAUGGAACUGCAAAGGAAGAUUAGAUUUAAUUUGCCUUCCAUAUGGAAUAACAAACCAAAUAGUUUUGCUUGCACCAGUCAAAUAUGUUGAAAGUAAAAGAAUUUGAAUAACAUUUGCAUUUAACUCCAUUUAUUUACUUAUAUAUAUUUAUACAUGCAUGAGCCAGCCAUACGAGGUGCGGGGCCCAAUUGGGAACAAUUUUGGUGGGUCCCAGGUUUUCAGUCAACUUGCACCAAGGUCUAUAGAAUCAUAACAAUAUAAAAAUGUCUAUUAUGUCAAACCAUGCCAAACUAGACAGAUGCCAUUCAUAGCCCCAGGCUUGUUGGCCCCUGUCAAACCGUCCAACCCAUGCCAGCAUGGAAAAUGGACGUUAAAUGAUGAUGAUGAUAUGCAUGCAUAUAUAUACAUACACAUAUUAUGUUUAUAUUUAUAUGUGUGUAUAUAGAUAUAUCAUCAUCAUCAUCAUCAUCAUCAUCGUUUAACGUCCGCUUUCCAUGCUAGCAUGGGUUGGACGAUUUGACUGAGGACUGGUGAAACCGGAUGGCAACACCAGGCUCCAGUCUGAUUUGGCAGAGUUUCUACAGCUGGAUGCCCUUCCUAACGCCAACCACUCAGAGAGUGUGUAUAUAUAUAUAUAUAUAUAUAUGUGUAUAUAUAUAUAUAUACACACACAUGCAUAUAAAUAUAAACAUAAUAUGUGUAUGUAUAUAUAUAUGCAGAUUACAGAUCAACCAGGGCCCUGUGACAGGACCCUUCUCUUUGUUAAAAGAAGUGUGCAAGUUAAUCCUCGCUGCAAGGCCUCAAACAUAGCAGAACAAGUUGAUGUCAGUCCCAGAACAGCUGUCAGGUAUCCCAACAAACUUGGUUACUACGGCAGAGCAGUAAGCCACUUCUUCGGCCAGGAAAUCACUUCUUUGACUAGCCAACAUCAAGCGGAGAAAAGAUUUUGGCCAGUGAGAUGGUGGAGAAGCCACUAGAAUUUUGGGACACUGUCACAUUCUUUGAUGAAUCCAGAUUUGCUGCAUUUCCUGACAGUGGCUGAGUGUGGGUCUGGAGACCAUGUAAUCAAGAAUUUGAUGUGAAAAGAUUGCUGCCAAUAAUGAAACACGGCAGCUAUUCUGUGAUGGCCUGGGGAGCAAUUUGGGGCAUUUGUUGAUCAGAGCUGGUGGAGGGUGACAGAAACAUAAACUCAGAUAAACAUGUGUCCAUACUGCAGAAAGGACUCCUUCCAAUGGUGAAAUGAUUAAAGAAGACUAUUUAUGGAAGAUGGGGCUCCAUGUCACACGGCUAAAAAGACCGAAGAUUGGUUGGAAAAGAAUAGCAUUAAAAAACUUCUAUGGCCAAGCCAGUCACCACAUGUGAAUCCUAUCGAACACUUCUGGAGCAUAAUGGACAGGAAACUUUGUAAAAAGAACAAAAAAGCAUCUUCAAAGCCAGAUCUUUUGAGAUUACUGCAUGAAACUUGGGCAAGAAAUUCCACAAGAGAAUAUUUGUCAUCUGAUCAGUAGCAUGCCCAAUAGGGUCCUUGCAUUGAAAAAUGCAAAGGGCAUGUCUACUAAACAUUAAAUAUUCACAUUAUAACAAUGAAUAAAUAAUUUGAAUGUAUAAUUUCAGAUUUAAAUAAAUUUUAAUGAUUAUAAGGGUGUCUAUUUACUUCUGUUUUGUCUGCGUGUAUAUAUGUAACAGUGAGGUUUAUUGUUGUAGCGAUGUGUGUUAUGGUGCAAUGUCGGGGUCGCCACUUUGUAACGAUAAUAAUUUGUGUAGUUACCAAUUGUAACAGGUAAGAUUGAUUAGGUGCACAAUAAUAUGAAAUGUAUGAGUCAGCAGUUGUGACGAUAAAAAUUUGUUGUUAUAAUUGCAUGUUGUAAGAUGGGAAAGAUGGAGUUUUAAGGAAGUAUUUAUUUACCGUUACAUUACAAUACCUUGCCUCAACGGGCAGGUUAUGAUAAAUCCAAAAGCAUGCAAAGUAAAGUUUGUGUUUGUAUCCUCUUCAUUGUUUAGUAGUAAUUACAGAUAGAAUGAUGUUGUAAGAGAAUAGAAUUAGAGCUAGUGAGAGUUGUAGGGUGUGGGACGUAGUCUCACAGUUGCUGACGGUAAACUUCAUUUCUCCCUCUGAUCAAGGUUCUAGCUCAUCAGCCAGAUUUCGUUGUCAGUGAGUUGUCAUCAUGUGACUGGACUUGUUGAGUCGUCACCAACUGACUUUUGCUUGGGGAGUUCUU